AUGGCGGUUUCCACGAUAGCCUUGUACGCAAGUCCACCGAGCAGCGUGUGUUCUACGCCGCACCCUUGCCAGAUCAACGCUCACGCUUCCUACGAGUUCGAAUUGGGGUCACGAUCUUCGUCUCCGGCGGCGUCGUCGGCUCCGGCGUCGACGUCGCAGAAGCCGGUGAUGGGUGGCCUCUCGUGCCUCUUCUCGUCUCCGGCACCGGCGGUGAAACACACGCCGUUAUCGUCGAGUUUUACUGGGGAGGAGGACGAUUUGAAGGAGUUGGGCAGUUCCUUCUCGUAUUCUCCGAGCAAGUUUGGAGGGUCUUCGUGGAAGAGGGAUCAGAGUCCUGUGUCGGUUUUUCAUGGUCCUGUUUCGUGUAGUAGUAGCAGCAGAAGUUCCAUUAGUUCUACUUCUGCGAGAAGUAUCAGGGGUGGGACUAGUGGGUUGUUUCAUGGGUUUGUGAGGAAUGCGUUGGGGUCUUGUUUGGAUUAUGACUUAGAUGCCGGUGAUUCUUCUGCAGCGCUUGUGGAUGAGUUGACCUUUAAUUUAGAGGAUAAUUUCGUGGAGGGUGGGUUUCAUUUUGAACCCUAUGCUAAAAAGUUACUGCUGGGGGCGCAGUUGAGACACAAGAUCUUCUGUGAGGAGUUUGUCAUCAAGGCCUUUUGUGAAGCUGAGAAGGCACACAGAGGGCAGAUGCGGGCUAGUGGGGAUCCUUACUUGCAGCAUUGUUUGGAGACUGCUGUGUUGCUGGCUUUGAUUGGUGCCAAUUCAACUGUUGUGGCGGCGGGGCUCUUGCAUGACACGCUGGAUGAUGCUUUUCUGACGUAUGAUUAUAUAUUUGGAACAUUUGGCGCUGGAGUUGCUGAUUUGGUUGAAGGGGUAUCUAAACUGAGCCACUUAAGCAAGCUGGCUCGAGAAAAUAAUACAGCUUGCAAGUCAGUUGAAGCAGAUCGCUUGCAUACUAUGUUCCUUGCCAUGGCAGAUGCAAGAGCUGUCCUCAUUAAAUUGGCAGAUCGAUUACAUAAUAUGAUGACAUUAGAUGCGUUGCCAGUGACCAAGCGACAGAGGUUUGCGAAGGAGACUCUGGAGAUUUUUGCACCACUGGCCAAUCGCUUAGGAAUUUCUAGUUGGAAAGAACAAUUAGAAAAUUUGUGUUUUAAGCAUCUCAACCCAAGCCAGCACGAGGAGCUUUCAUCAAAGCUUGUGGAGUCGUACGAUGAUGCAAUGAUUACUUCUGCAAUAGAGAGAUUAGAGCAAGCUCUUAAAGAUGAAGGCAUAUCUUAUAAUGUCAUUUCUGGGCGGCAUAAGAGCUUGUAUAGCAUUUAUUGCAAGAUGUUGAAGAAGAAACUUACCAUUGAUGAUAUCCAUGACAUUUAUGGGCUGCGCUUGAUUGUUGACAAGGAAGAAGACUGUUAUAAAGCCUUAACAACUGUUCAUCGGUUGUGGUCUGAGGUACCUGGAAAGCUCAAAGAUUAUAUAGGUCGCCCCAAGUUCAAUGGAUAUCAAUCUCUGCAUACGGUGGUGAUGAUGGGUGAAAGCAAGGUUCCCCUUGAAGUUCAAAUUCGAACAAAAGAUAUGCAUUUGCAAGCAGAGUUUGGAUUUGCUGCUCACUGGAGAUACAAGGAAGAUGAUUGCCAGCAUUCUUCAUUUGUGCUUCAGAUGGUGGAGUGGGCUCGAUGGGUGGUCACCUGGCAGUGCGAAGCAAUGAGUAGAGAUUGUUCAUCUGUUGGAUAUGCUGAUUCAGUCAAGCUCCCAUGCAAGUUCCCUUCCCAUGCUGCUGAUUGCCCAUAUUCUUAUAGGCCUGAUUGUGGUCAGAAUGGGCCCGUGUUUGUUAUUAUGAUCGAGAAUGACAAGAUGUCUGUUCAAGAAUUCAGUGCAAACUCAACCAUAUUGGAUUUGUUGGAAAGAGCUGGGCGCGCAAGCUCCAGGUUGACAACAUAUAGGUUCCCAUUGAAGGAAGAGUUGAGGCCAAGGCUGAAUCACAAGCCUGUGAGUGAUCCCAAUAGCAAGUUGAAGAUGGGAGAUGUUAUUGAACUUACACCAGCCAUACCUGACAAGUAUCUUACAGAAUACAGGGAAGAAAUCCAGCGUAUGUAUGAUCGAGGGCUAACCGUAUCAAGCAUGGGAACUUCUACAAACACCAUGGUUGGCUCAAGAAGUUGA